UCUUCUCCUCACUACUCUCCUCUGCACUUGUCUCCUUCUUCUUCUCCUUCCACUUUCUCUCUCUAGAACCCUAGCGCUCUCUCUCUCCAAACCACAAUGCAGCAGCUCCGCCUGGUCCUGGCCAUGGCGGCCGCCGUCCUCCUCUCCCUCGCCGCCAUCUCCUCCGCUCACAACAUCACCAAAAUCCUUGCAAAACACCCCGAGUUCUCCACCUUCAACCACUACCUAACCCUGACCCACCUCGCGCCAGAGAUCAACCGCCGGACGACGAUCACCGUCCUGGCGAUCGACAACGCCGCCAUGUCCGACAUCCUCGGGAAGAACCCCUCGAUCUACACCGUCAAGAACAUUCUCUCCCUCCACGUCCUCCUCGACUACUUCGGCGCUAAAAAGCUCCACCAGAUCACCAACGGCACCGCCCUCUCCGCCACCAUGUUCCAGGCCACCGGUUCCGCCCCCGGAUCCACCGGAUUCGUCAACAUCACCGACCAGCGCGGCGGAAAGGUCGGAUUUGCCCCCGAGGACAACGACGGCACUUUCUCCUCCCAUUUCCUCAAGUCCGUACAGGAGAUCCCGUACAACAUCUCCGUCAUCCAAAUCAGCCACGCGCUCCCCUCCGCCGCCGCCGAGGCGCCGACUCCGGGACCGGCGGAGCUCAACAUCACCGGAAUAAUGUCGGCGCACGGAUGUAAGCUCUUCGCCGACACGCUGCUCGCGUCGGAGGCGAUCGGGACUUUCACCGACAAUCUCGCCGGAGGCUUGACGGUUUUCUGUCCGUUGGACGACGCGUUCAAGGCGUUCUUGCCGAAGUAUAAGAAUCUGACGAAAUCCGGCAAGGUUUCGCUACUGGAGUACCAUGGAGUUCCGGUGUAUCAAUCCCUGGCGAUGCUGAAAUCGAGCAAUGGAAUCAUCAACACUCUCGCCACCGACGGAGCGAACAAGUACGAUUUCACCGUACAGAACGACGGCGAGGAGGUGACUCUCAAGACCAAGAUCGACACGGCGAGGAUCACCGGAACGCUCAUCGACGAGCAGCCAGUGGCGAUCUACACAAUCGAUAAGGUUCUGAGGCCGAGGGAGCUUUUCAAGGGUGAGGCGGAGACGCCGGCUCCUGCGCCGGCGCCGGAGAAGGCUGCCGACGCGCCGAAGUCGUCGAAGAAUAAGAAGAAGAAGAAGGCUGCUCCAUCGCCGGCCGAUGAUGCGGACGCAGACUCGCCGGCGGAGUCGCCUGAUGAGGAUCCGGCGGAUCAGGCGGCGGAUGAUAAUGGAGCCGUUGGAUUUGACGGUGGGAGAUUUGGGGGUCUCGUGGCUCUGGUUGUUAGUGCAUGGCUAGGAUUUUCACUUCUGUAAUGUUGGUUUUUUUUUUUUUAUUUAUUUUUUUAAUUUUACCCUUGGGGAAAUAAGGGAGGCUUUGUUUCAUUGCA